CUUGCAGCCAUAACAGAGCCAUUUGACAAAAGGACCUUUUCGCAGGUGGAAGUCGGUUCACCUGCAGACUACGCUGAAGAAAAUGGCAAAGGCUCUGUUCCUGGUAGCAUCUCUUCUAGCUUUAGGAAAUGUUGUCUUUAUCCAUGCCGCGUUUUCCCCCAGCCUCAUUGUUGACAUGGUAAAGAUCGUCAUUGACAAUUACUGCUCACCAGAGAAGCUCCAAGGGAUGAAGGAGGCCAUUGCAGCAGCUAGCAGCAAUACAGAGAUCCUCAAUAUCCCAGAUGGUGAAUCUCUGGCUAGAGUCCUCAGCGCUGGAAUGCAGACCACAAUCAAUGAUCCACGUGUGAAGGUCUCCUAUGAGCCAAACUAUGUCCCUGUGCUUGCACCAGCGAUGCCACCUUUACCUCCUGAGCAGCUCGUCGCUGUCCUCCAGAACUCCAUCAAGCUGGACAUCCUGGAGGGCAACGUCGGCUACAUGAGAAUCGAUCACAUUCUUGGCGAAGCAGCUGCUGACAAGAUUGGCCCUUUGCUGGUAAACCUGGUCUGGAAUAAAGUCCUGCCUACUUCAGCUCUUAUCUUUGACUUGCGCCACACAAGCAGCGGGGACAUCACAGGAAUUUCAUACAUUAUCUCAUACUUCACUGCAGCCGAGCCUGUCAUUCACAUCGACAGCGUGUUUGACCGUCCCUCAAACACCACCACCAAGCUAUGGUCCAUGCCCACCCUGCUGGGGGAGCGCUACGGCACAGUUAAACCUCUCGUUAUCCUCACAAGCAAGAACACCAAGGGUAUUGCUGAAGAUGUUGCCUACUGCCUCCAAAACCUGAAGAGGGCCACUGUUGUUGGAGAGAAGACCGCCGGGGGUUCAGUCAAACUAGACAAACUCAAAGUGGGAGACACUGAUUUCUACGUGACAUUGCCAACUGCAAAGUCCAUCAACCCCAUCACUGGUUCAACCUGGGAGCUUACAGGCGUCACCCCCAAUGUUGAAGUCAACGCAGAGGACGCCCUCGCUACGGCCAUCAAGAUAGUGGAACUCCGUGCAAAAGUGCCCGCCAUCAUUGAGGGGUCGGCAGCACUGAUCUCUGACAACUAUGCCUUUGAGGACGUCGGGGUUGAUGUUGCAGCAAAGCUGAAGGGUCUCUUACAGAAUGGCGACUACAGCAUGGUUGUCUCCAAGAAUGGUCUAGAAGAAAAGCUGUCUGCUGACCUAAACACCCUGUCUGGGGACAAGAGUCUGAAAACCACCAGUAACACUCCAGCCCUGCCACCUAUAGAUUAUACUCCAGAGAUGUACAUCGAGCUCAUCAAAGUCUCCUUCCACACAGACAUUUUUGAGAACAACAUUGGCUAUCUGCGUUUUGACAUGUUUGGAGACUUUGAGGAGGUCAAGCCCAUCGCGCAGAUUAUUGUGGAGCACGUGUGGAGCAAGGUGGUCAACACUGAUGCCAUGAUCAUCGACCUCAGGAAUAACGUUGGUGGCCCGACGACAGCUAUUGCAGGUUUCUGCUCUUACUUCUUUGACGCAGACAAGCAGAUUGUGCUGGACAAGCUGUACGACAGACAGUCUGGCACCACCACUGAACUCGAGACACUGCCUGAACUUACUGGAGCAAGGUAUGGAUCCAAGAAGAGCCUGAUCAUCCUCACUAGUGGAGCAACAGCUGGUGCAGCAGAGGAGUUUGUCUACAUCAUGAAGAAACUUGGCCGCGCUAUGAUAGUUGGAGAGACCACGUCUGGGUCAUCCCACCCGCCCAAGACCUUCCGCGUUGGUGAGAGCGACAUCUUCCUCAGCAUUCCCACAGUCCACUCUGACACAACAACCGGGCCAGCCUGGGAAGGAGCUGGCAUUGCACCUCACAUACCCGUCUCGGCAGCCACGGCCCUUGAAACAGCCAAGGGCAUUUUUAACAAGCACUUAGCAGGCCAGAAGUAAAUCCUCAGAAUGAAGGUCCACUUUUGCUUUGGCAACCAAAAGCAUUAGGAUCUAGACUUGUUGAAGAAUUGAACACUAUUUAGUCUUGUAUGUGACAUAGAGCAAGGUUUUAAAGCUGGAUUUGGUGCCAGUUUUUGUGUCAUUGUGGAUAAAAGAUGUCAGCACCAUGAUAUCACGAGAAGUAACUAUCUGAAAGAACACAAGCACAGUCUCAGGCUGAAAAACUUUUUUUGUCAUCAAAUUAUUCAAUUCAGGAGAAGUAAUACACCUUUGGCAAGCCUAAAGUGCAUGAUGUCAUUUUUAUGUCUGGCAAACACUUAAUGUCACCAAUGCAGACCUACUGUUCUAAUCGGGCUGCCUUUGUUCUGUGUCGACCAAAUAAAAACACAAACAAUAAAA